CAGUCUAAGAAAUCACCACCCAAUCACCAUGAAGUGCAUCGCCAUCAUUUCCACCAUCUGCCUGCUGGCCGCUUGCGUUACCGCCGAUAAGGACGAAAAGAUGGUGGGCUCAUCCUACGGAGGUGGCUACAGCGCGCCGGCCGCUGCUCCCGCUCCGUCGUAUGCCGCUCCAGCUGCUCCAUCGUAUGCCGCUCCUGCUGCUCCAUCCUACGCUGCCGCCCCGGCCUCGAUCCCGGCCCCUCCCUGCCCAAAGAACUACCUGUUCAGCUGCCAGCCCAACCUUGCCCCAGUGCCAUGCAGUGCUCCAGCCCCCAGCUAUGGAUCCGCCGGUGCCUAUUCGCAGUACGCCCCCGUCUACGCUCAGCAGCCUCUUCAGUGGUAAUCAGUAGAUGCCACUUAACCCCAUGAAACAACGACGAAUGAUUAAAAAAAAUACAACAAAAUAUAUAUUUAUUAUAAAGCGUAA